UCCAUGGUAAAGGUGACGAACCAGGAAGUGCCAGCAAGAACUUUUAUUGUGACAUUCGGACCCUUUUGUGUAUAGUGCCAAUAAUUCCACAGGAUUGGACCAAGUGCCAAACAGAACUCCGAUUAUGACAUUCGGACCCUUUUGUGUAAAGUGUCAAAAUUUCAUUGGAUCGGACACAUCUAGAAUGAUCAGGCUCUUGAGCAGUCAUCUUUUCGUGGCCUUGGCGACCCUCAUGGGUGUGCUGUGCUGUUACUUUGUCGUUGUCGAGGACAUAUUCCUUCUGGGUGGUCGCCCUCUUUAUAAACAGAGCACAUCCUUCAAACCCGGAGGAGACAGCUUUGCCAAUAGAAGCCUUGCAAAUUAUAUCCUUCCAGAACAACCUACUGCUCCAGAUUGCCUUGAAACCAAUAUAUGUAAAGAUCCAGGAAAUAAAAUGGAUGUAUACUUUUACAAACGCACAAAUUUCGAUGAACUUGUGGAAGAGCCUUUCGAUGUUAACGCCUCAAUAAGCCACGCUGUGCCGGUGGUACCGAGAAUAGUCCAUUUCUGUCUUUUCUCAAAUGGGAAUGUUACAUUCCGAUUUCAUUAUAUGAUAGCAGUCCUUGCCGCGUCUCGUAUCGCGAAGCCAGAGAAAAUUUACUUCUGGCAUGACAACCUCCCAGUUGGUGAAUAUUGGGAAGAGACGAAACAGAAGGUGAAGAAUCUGUACCUCGUCCACAGAGACAGACCCACCAAGAUCAGAGGCAAUGACGUCAAGGUUAUAGAGCACGUCGCUGAUAUUGUGAGACUCGAAGCACUGUUGGAGUAUGGAGGGAUGUAUUUCGACACUGAUUCUAUAGUCGUCAACCCAAUUGACCCGCUUUUAGUCCAUGACGUCACAAUGGGUCACGCGGUACCAUACGUUUUAGCCAAUGGGAUUAUGUUUUCUAAACCAUGGUCUGAUUUCCAAAAAAUAUGGCACCACGAAUACAAAACAUUCAAAGACAAAAAUUGGGGCUCCCACUCUGUGAUCAAACCGUAUCAGCUGUCACAGAAAUACCCAAACUUGAUUCACAUAGAACCGGCAUCACUCUGCCGACCAAACUGGAAAGAGCUAGCCUACCUCUUUGGCGGCAGGAAAUGGAACUGGCAGGAAAAUAACUUUGUGGUUCACCUUUACAUGAGAUUUGGUCCAAAGGGAAACAGAGAAAGGAACCGAGAAAAUAUAAAGAUGUGGAACACAACAGUUGGGAGCAUAAUGAGGUACAUAUACUAUGGGAAUGCUGAUCUGAUAGAAGAUUAGGACAAACUGGACUGACAGAAACAAAUGUCCAGGAUGUUGGUGCUGUGCUGCUGGUGAUAUUGGCGCUGAUGGUGAUUCCAACUGUUAAUGCAUAAAACACGUUGUGGUAAUUGCAUCUUAUGUCUCAUUGUAAUAAGACAUAAUUAUUACCGUCAUUAUAGUGAGUGAGUGAGUGAGCGAAUUUAGUUUUACGCCGCACUCAGCAAUAUUCCAGCUAUGUGGCGUCAGUCUGUAAAUAAU